CAGCCGAAGCCAGCCGAUUGAAUGGGCCAAGUUUGAGCAGCCGACGCAAUGCGCAUGUAAAGUGCGCGUGACAUCAGAAUUAGCGACGUACUUGUUGUAUUAAGCACGUGAGCCAAAAUUGAAGCAUCGACGCCGUGUUCCGUUACUGCAACCACCACGUCCAGGCUUUGGGCGUGCGUAAGUUUGUGCACAGUACGCUGAUCUACUCACGUUUCAGCAUGAGCGGGUCGGCGAGGUCGCUUGUGCUGAACUCGUAUAAAAGCCUUCACCGUGUGAUCCUGCAAGUGUUUGAAGGUGACCCGGAGACCAUACGGGCAGCGAGGGUUAGAGUGAAAGAAGAAUACGUCAAGAACCUACGCGAAACGGACUCGGGUAAAAUAGAGGAGCUCCUGAAGACGGCCAAGAACGUGGAAAAAGUGCUUCAAACGGACCUGAUCAGGGCAGUUCGAAACGAGAAGGGAAACUACGAAGUGCAGCUGAAGCCCCAUCAUCUGCAGGACAAUGCUACGUGCAAGCCGCACGAUGCCAACAAACCGGGCUAACGA